CAGAGCCCUACGAACCGUGGUCAAAAGUAGUGCACCAGGGAAUAGGGUGCCAUUUGAGAUUGUAUCAUAUUAAUAAAAGGGCUGAGGGAUGAUAUACGGUUGGGAAAGACCCAUACAGUCAUUGGGAAAGACUACUAAAUGGGCUUUCCACCUUUCCAUAUUUAAAAUGUCUUAUCGUCCCAUAAAAAAACGUGGACUUCUUUCAAACAGUGAAAAUGGAUUGAAGGACUCAGGAAUGGUAAACUUUUUCAAAUAAUCUUAUUUGGACAAUAAUUGCCCUUCGAUAUUCGCGCAUACAUACUAUGCAAAGAUAUUGGAUAGGUAGCACAUACCAUUUGAUAUAGAUCGAUAGCGAAUGUUAUAUUCUUCUAGAAUUAUGCUUCAUACAUAUUGAAAGCGAAAGCUGCGUGCAGCGGAGGAGACAGCUCAUUUGGCUAAAGUCAAUCGUCUGAGAACGUGACUUCACUUCACUUUAAAAACAGAACUACAACGCUUUUCUCUCACCGUUCACACAAGAAGCAGCUAGGCUACCUGGCAGGCAGGCUGGCUAGCUCACUGUUUUCUAGAAGUGUCAUCAAGGAUGCUCAAGAUGAGACAGUGUUCUUUACCUCUUUCUGCGUUCCCUCUUUUGGCUGUUCUGCUGGAGAGCCAGCAGUGGAUGGCCAGCAGUGGAUGGCCAGCAGUGGAGAGCCAGCAGUGGAGAGCCAGCCAGCAGUGGAGAGCCAGCCAGCAGUGGAGAGCCAGCAGUGGAGAGCCAGCCAGCAGUGGAGAGGCAGCAGGGGAGAGCCAGCCAGCAGUGGAGAGCCAGCCAGCAGUGGAGAGCCAGCCAGCAGUGGAGAGCCAGCCAGCAGUGGAGAGGCAGCCAGCAGUGGAGAGGCAGCCAGCAGUGGAGAGGCAGCCAGCAGGGGAGAGGCAGCCAGCAGUGGAGAGGCAGCAGGGGAGAGCCAGCCAGCAGUGGAGAGCCAGCAGUGGAGAGCCAGCAGUGGAGAGCCAGCCAGCAGUGGAGAGGCAGCAGGGGAGAGCCAGCCAGCAGUGCAGAGCCAGCAGUGCAGAGCCAGCAGUGGAGAGCCAGCAGUGGAGAGCCAGCCAGCAGUGGAGAGCCAGCAGUGGAGAGCCAGCUGUGGAGAGCCAGCCAGCAGUGGAGAGCCAGCCAGCAGUGGAGAGCCAGCCAGCAGUGGAGAGCCAGCAGUGGAGAGCCAGCCAGCAGUGGAGAGGCAGCAGGGGAGAGCCAGCCAGCAGUGGAGAGCCAGCAGUGGAGAGCCAGCAGUGGAGAGCCAGCAGUGGAGAGCCAGCCAGCAGUGGAGAGCCAGCAGUGGAGAGCCAGCCGUGAAGAGCCAGCAGUGGAGAGCCAGCAGUGGAGAGCCAUCCAGCAAUGGAGAGCCACCCAGAGUGGAGAGCCAGCAGUGGAGAGCCAGCAGUGGAGAGCCAUCCAGCAAUGGAGAGGCAGUCAGCAGUGGAGAGCCAGCAGUGGAGAGCCAUCCAGCAAUGGAGAGCCACCCAGCAGUGGAGAGCCAGCAGUGGAGAGCCAGCAGUGGAGAGCCAGCAGUGGAGAGCCAUCCAGCAAUGGAGAGGCAGUCAGCAGUGGAGAGCCAGCAGUGGAGAGGCAGCCAGCAGUGGAGAGGCAGCCAGCAGUGGAGAGCCAGCAGUGGAGAGGCAGCCAGCAGUGGAGAGGCAGCCAGCUGUGGAGAGCCAGCUGUGGAGAGCCAGAGGCGCUGUGCUGGCAGGGCCUGUAACCCUCGCAUGGGGGACCUAGCCUUGGGUUCGAGGACUACUCACCCAGUCUGUGUGUGGAUCCAACUCCACAGAGUCCUACUGCUCCUACCAACAGACUUCUAGUUCUCCCGACAAGGAGUCUUCCUGCCCAGCAGUACCCAAAUGCAGCAAGUGCAACGCAGCCCUCCCCCACCAGGCCCACCUAGCCACUGCCAUGACCGACUCGUCCUUUGAAUACCCAGAUACAUGGUGGCAGUCUGCAGAGAGGGUGGAGACCGAGACCCUCCAACUAGACCUGGAGACAGAGUUCUACUUCACCCACCUGAUCCUGGUGUUCCGUUCCCCCCGCCUCUCUGCCAUGCUGCUGGAACGUUCCCAGGACCACGGACAGACCUGGAAGACCCUCAGGCACCAUCGAGGACCACUUUGGAAAUAAGUGUUUUAAUUCAUACUUUGAUGUGUUAUGCUCUGGGAUCAAAAUACACCUAUUUUCUUUUAACCCAGGUACUUUGCCAGGGACUGUGAGGACACCUUUGGCCUGGCCAAGGAUGGGGGAGAGUGUGGCAGCCUGUACCUCCAAGUACUCAGAAGCGUUCCCCUGUGAACACUGUUUUCUGUCUCCCUCUUACUCCUGUGGCAGAUCCACAGGGGGUGUGCGUGUAGCUGUGUGUAUCUGUCUGUAACAGUAAUCCAGUAAUACAUAUGUAAUACACUGCUCCCUCCCUCCCUUGUGGCAGGUCCACGGGAGGUGUGUGUGCAGACACAAAACAGCCGGCGACCAUUGUGAGCGCUGUGCUCCCCUCUACAACGAACAGCCUUGGCAAGCUGCCAACGGUAUCAUAGGAGCCACCGCAUGAAUGCAAGAGUGAGUCUUACAGGGUCAGGAAGGUGAACAGGCAAAACCACGUACAUUAUACAAUAUACACAGCCACAGCCAGACAUAUUCACUAGUAAAUGUAUGAUUCAAUAGGUACAGUACAUUUUAUUUUUGUUAUUCAGGAUGCCAUUGAUUUAUCGAUGCAAAUAUUAGUGAAACCUAUUAUCUGUACCUUUGAGAAAACAGAUUGAACCGAAUCACACUGGAUUAGAACGCUGUCAAACAUCUUGUUAUUUUUCCUGUGCGGAUCAACAUAAUUGUCACGCCGAUCAUUGUCGCAGUGUGAAUAAGGUCUAUAGGAAAACAGAAAUGUGUUUACUCUUUCUUUUUAGAGUGUAAGUGUGCAGACAUGCAGACAGCUGUCACUUUGACCUGGGUGUGUGGCUGGCAUCAGGAUGGCGUAGUGGGUGUGUGUGUGACUCCUUUUUAAUAAAUGUGCAAACAUUUCUAAAAGCCUUUUUUCGCCUUGUCAUUAUGGGGUAUUGUGUGUAGAUUGAGGGAAAACAUUUAUUUCAUCUAUUUUUGAAUAAGGCUGUAACGUAACAAAAUGUGGAAAAAAGGGAAGGGGUCUGAAUAUUUUCCGAAAGCACUGUACUUCUGCCUGCAUCUCUCUGUCCCUGUUAUAUCUGCUUUGUUACUAUGUUGUAACCCAGCUCUGUCCAUGUAAGAGUACACACUUAUCCCUCUCUGUCCCUGUUAUAUCUGCUUUGUUACUAUGUUGUAACCCAGCUCUGUCCAUGUAAGAGUACACACUUAUCCCUCUCUGUCCCUGUUAUAUCUGCUUUGUUACUAUGUUGUAACCCAGCUCUGUCCAUGUAAGAGUACACACUUAUCCCUCUGUCUGUCCCUGUUAUAUCUGCUUUGUUACUAUGUUGUAACCCAGCUCUGUCCAUGUAAGAGUACACACUUAUCCCUCUGUCUGUCCCUGUUAUAUCUGCUUUGUUACUAUGUUGUAACCCAGCUCUGUCCAUGUAAGAGUACACACUUAUCCCUCUCUGUCCCUGUUAUAUCUGCUUUGUUACUAUGUUGUAACCCAGCUCUGUCCAUGUAAGAGUACACACUUAUCCCUCUGUCUGUCCCUGUUAUAUCUGCUUUGUUACUAUGUUGUAACCCAGCUCUGUCCAUUUACGAGUCCACACUUAUCCCUCUCUGUCCCUGUUAUAUCUGCUAUGUUACUAUGUUGUAACCCAGCUCUGUCCAUUUACGAGUCCACACUUAUCCCUCUCUGUCCCUGUUAUAUCUGCUUUGUUACUAUGUUGUAACCCAGCUCUGUCCAUGUAAGAGUACACACUUAUCCCUCUGUCUGUCCCUGUUAUAUCUGCUUUGUUACUAUGUUGUAACCCAGCUCUGUCCAUGUAAGAGUACACACUUAUCCCUCUCUGUCCCUGUUAUAUCUGCUUUGUUACUAUGUUGUAACCCAGCUCUGUCCAUGUAAGAGUACACACUUAUCCCUCUCUGUCCCUGUUAUGAUUUGUUACUUGUUUUUUUAACCCUCAGCCUCUGACUCUUGCACAAGUAA